UUGUUGAGUGACAGCGGGCACCUGUAAACCAAUUAGUGAUCAAUUAGGGUUGAAAUUUGUUGGUUUUUGCCUAAUUUACCGUCAAAAUGCCCAUCGCAAAGUACGAUGACGAUGACCAGAGUGUCCAGGGGGAAAAGAAGGAUGAAACCUCUUAUGAAAUACACCGGGCAGAGGGUGAUGUGCUUUACAAACGAUGCGAAUAUGCGAAAGCCAUCAGAAGUUACACACAGGCCGUGGAUAUGAUACGAGAAUACCACGAGGACAAAGAGCAAAACAAGGAGCGUACGAAGAAUCUGACGCCGAAAGAACAAGAUGCUCUGGAGCUCAAGAUGGAGAAGGAUCAGCGUGACAUCCUCGUCUCGCGGUCCAAGUGCCACUUGAUGCUGGGUCACUCGCAGCAGGCGCAGGAGGACUCCGAGGCUUCGCUGCAGCAGGAUAAGAAGUUUAUAAAGGGCUUGUACCAGAAAGCAGAGGCGCUCUAUUAUCAAGGUGACUUCGAGAAAGCUCUCGUCUUAUAUCACCGUGGCAACAAGCAGCGACCAGAGGUACAGGAAUUCCGUCUUGGGAUCCAGAAGUCUCAGGAAGCGAUCAAUAACAGUAUUGGAUCUCCUGAAUCUGUGAAGUUAGAAAACAAAGGUGACCUGAGUGAGUUCUACGGCAAACAAGAAGAGGAGAACAAGAAGGAGUCUGAUCGUCUGAAGAAAAAUAAGAAGAAAACUUACGGCAAGCCUGGGCAGAAAGACCAGGGCAAGAAGCAGGAGAAACAACGCCCAAAGACACCGAAAGAUAGCAAGACUGUCAAGGAACUGCUGGGGCAACUGUACCAGGACAGGGCAUACCUUGACAAUCUCCUCAAAGAAGAAGAGUCGAUGGACAGUAAAACCUUGAGCAGCCAGACAAUCCAAGACCUCUGCAUCGAAGGCAUCAAUUAUCUCGACUCCAGGACCGAGUUCUGGCGGCAACAAAAGCCGAUGUACGCCCGCAAACGCGAUCGGGAGAUGCAGCAGCAGCAACGUAAUCGCGGCAAAGGAAAAGGAAAGAAACAGGUUAACUACAUCCUGGAAAGGAUCGAGGAAAUUGACGAUGACCAAGCCAACGGCGACUAUGAGAAGAGUUUACGCAAAGCAAAACGCACGCACAAACAGAUAGAGGACCUGGACGAAGAUGACUGCGAUAACAAAACAGAACUGCUUGCUACGAUCUACAGUUACAUGGGCAACUCGUAUCUGGAGCUGGCAAAGUAUGACCAGGCCUUGGAGUACCACCAAAGAGAUUUGAAAAUAUCCAAAGACAAUAAACUUGAAGAUGGUAAAUCACGAGCCUUGGAUAACCUCGGCCGAGUCUAUGCCAGGACCGGAGACUUCAAGAAAGCUACAGAAGUCUGGGAAGAGAAACUGCCUCUAAGUCAGUCAGCACUGGAGAGUACCUGGUUACUUCAUGAGAUUGGGCGCUGCUACCUCGAGUUGGGAGAGUACUCUAAGUCACGUGACUAUGGCGAGAGAUCGUUGGAAAAGGCACACGAUACGGACGAUGAUAUCUGGCAGCUAAACGCCAGUGUGUUGAUUGCGCAAUCUGAAGUAAAACUCGGGGAGUUAGAAGCAGCAUGCGAUUCGUUCGAGCGAUCGCUAGAAAUGGCUCGUCUCCAAGGUGACGAACCUGCAGAGCGCGCCAUUAAGAAAGCUCUCGAAGACGUGAAUAGAAAAAUCGUCGAGGAUGCGAGAGAGAGAGGCAAAGAUAGCGACCAAGAUCGGUCGGGUUCUGCCCAUUCUGCCCAUUCUGGUUCAGGUAAAAAAGCACUAGCGCUCGAAUUAGACGACCGCGAUUCUCCGGAGGAGAUGCAUGUCAUGGAGUCACCCCGAGAGUCGCCACGGUCGCAGAAGGAAACAUCGCCAACUCCUAAAGAUGAUGCACCCUUAUCUUCUAAAGAGGACACACCCAGAUCUACUAAAGAAGACACACCCCGAUCUAAAGAGGACACGCCCCGAUCUGCAAAAGAAGACACACCCAGAUCUUCCAAAGUGGAAACCCCCGAAUUGUCUAAACAUGAUACGCCCCGAUCGAACGUUGACGAAUCCCCGCGAUCUCAAAAAGACGAAUAUGAAGAUGAUUUUGAAGAAAAGUUGGACACUGAUCGUUCGCCCCCGAAUACAGAUCGUACUCCCCGGACCGAUGAUCAGGGCGUCGGAUCUGACCAAUCAGAACAAAGUAAAUCGAGUGAACGUUUGAGUCAGAGUGGCGAGGUUGAGCCUGUGGUUGAACCGGAGAAUAAGGGAAGUCCAAAAGCAAGUCGCCACGGGUCUGCAGCGUCCAAAAAGAGCAGCCAUAGCAAGGGACAAGAUCGGGUUGACAGUAGAGCUUCAGACAAAGGCAAGAAGGAUGAAGAGGAAGCGAAAGGAGCAGACACUGAAGACAAAGCAGAGGAGGAAGAUACUGUAGCAAAGAAUGAGGAUACUGUUGCAAAGAAUGAGGAUUAAAUAAACGUAUAAUGUGUCUGUGAUACUCGUGCGUUAACCCUUUACGGAUGGACCAUGCACAGCUGAGAUGUGGAAAAACAAGAAUUUCAGGGACUUAAAGGGAACUGGAACCGCCGAGCGAUUUAUUUAACUUUUCGACUUUCACCGCCCGAGAAAGUCAAACUUCCAACUUCCUAUUUGUUCAGAUUUGUAGCUCCGCGCCCAAUGCGAGCAUGCACAGUUCAAUUUGUUAUUAUUGAGAAUCAUGUGAGAAUCACGUGAGUCAUGCGAUCUUUCAUUCAUGAGUUUUCGUAGUAAAUUCCACAGUAGUGACGUCACUCAAUGAUUGACAGCUAGGCGCCUUUUUUCAUUCAUGCCUCGUUCUGAUCACCCGAUACGCGGGAAAUGAAAACGAGGUCGUACGAACUGGCUUGGCGGUUCCAGUUCCCUUUAAUGACGAUUAGUUUGUGAUCAUAUAUUUGGAUGUAGAGGACUCUUGGUAAAUCCCUGAAGAUUGUGCUGUGAUUUAUUUACCAUUUCAAGGCCUGUACCGACCACCACACCUACAGCUGAUGACCCUUUUUUAAAUUUAACAUUUUAAUAGGUGAUUUCCAUUUUAGUUGGACUUUUUGUAAAAAUGGAGCACAAAGUUGUUUUUUGGUGCAGGUAACGUUUUUGAACAUAUUGAGUACCGUAUUUUCCGGAUUAUCCCCCGCACUGCCAUAUGACCCGCACCCCCUUUGACCAUUACCUAAAGCCACGCAAGACCCGCACCUGAUUAUGACCCGCACUGCUCCAAGACCCGCAUUCUCCAAAAAUAGUAAGCCAUUCAUUGAUGUUGAAAUCCUAGAACCGCCAUGUUUUUUUUAAUUGUUAACCAAAGUGGAUCAAUUCCAGCAUGGCCGUAACUUGUUUUCCCUAGCGGAGACAUCACAAACUAUGCGAUCAUGGCGGAAAUAUUGGUUGAAAACAAUGCGAAAACGAUGGACAUAAAUCCUUAUCAAGUAACCAGUUUGGUCCCCUUUUUUUUCUUUGGGGUUGGGGCUUAUCCCUCUCAGAAUCCACGCAAGACCCGCACCUUUAUAUUACCCGCACCCCCACUUUUUGGGCCUGUUUGAGGGCAAAAAGUAGCGGGUCAUACGCCGGAAAAUACGGUAGAUGGGUUUUAUUGGUUUAGUUUCACAUUACCGCAACAUAUGGGGAGGUAAAAAUAUCCUGUUUUCCCGUAUAUCUUACUUUCAUAAUACUUACAGUCUAUUUUACGGAUGACUGUCUAAUGACUGUUCCCUCUCGAAUCACAUGAUUUGAUAAAUUGAUAAAUUGAUAAAUUUGACAAGUUGUUCACUCUUUACUCUUAUUACCUCAAUCCAUCCUAUACGUUCUACCAAUUACAUUAUAGACUUAUCUAUACUUGCUCUUACAUGUAUAUUAUGUUCUAUAAAGUAAAGUAUAGUGGUACAAUCAUAGCUACUAUAGUGUUGAAAACAUCUAGUUGUAUACCUUAAUAAUGUACACAGAGGCUAUAUAUGAUAUAUGGUACCGCGGCUAAAAUUGUACCACCUUAUAGAUUAGUAUUUACUUGAUUUUAUACUAUACUGCUGUUUCCUUCAUAUACUGUAUAUAAACUCAUGCAUGCCAUAGAGAGCAAUAUACAGUUUACAAGCUUAGCAUUUAUGCCAAUUUUAUGUUAUGAAAUAAACAUAUUUAUG